AUGACCAGGAGCACUCGCAGCUUGCUAGGCAGGGGCCGCAAGCAGUCGGCCACCAGCGUGAACGAGGAAUUCGAUCCCACCACUUUUCGGAAAAAUCGAAGCCGGCCGGCAUUGGGCGCGCGGGGCCAUGACGCGAUCUACGAUGAGUACAACGACCUGUUCGAGGAGGAAGAAGAUGACGAUGAGGAUUUGUUCGGCGACCGAGUGGGAGCCGAAGGAUUGUCUCGGAUCGAUGGCGGUGACGGCAAAGGACAGGACGGCAGCUUCUUCCUGUUGCAGGUCGCAGAUUCGACGCCGGUUGCAGCGCGAAACGCAGCGAAUGGGAGGCGAGAACACGGUUCCAACGACAUCUCGCCGAAAACGCGGCGGCCCGCCAAUCUCGCGCCCAUCACCAUCGCCAAUCCUCCACACGAAGCGAUCCUCACCAUUACCCCACCAGCUCCUCCCACCCCACCACCGAAGUCAUGGAGACCGAUCCUGACGACGACGCCACCGAGAAGCACCGCUCCAUCGGUCGAGGAGACGAUGGACGCGCCUUCGGCCCCGAUCUUCGCUCCUCCCACACCACCACCGAAAUCGGCUCCGCUGUCGAUCGACACCGAAUUCUCGAACGCGAGUUAUCGGAUGGGCGAUCGGAUGGGCGCGCAAACGAGCGAUUUGUCCUAUUCCUCGUCCCACAGAACCGCACCUUCGGCGCCUGCCACGAGGACGAAGCACCCGUUCGGCGAGCGCGUGUCGUCCAAAGGCAUCAAGCAGACGCGGUCCAUUCCGGAAGGACUGGGGGUUAGCAUUCCCUCGCCCACGCUGUUUGCUGCUACUCCGGGCGCAUGGCCGGACCGCUCAAGUGCCUACGCUCCGACGUCACACCCAGUACAACUUCCCACCUCCUCGAACAGCGAUGUCUUCCCGCAAGAUCCCACACAAAAGAAGAUUAUCCCGAAUAUGCGUUACAGCGACACGGACAUCGAAGGCGUAAAGCCAGUCGUUCCGUUGAAGCUGAGGCAGAGCAGUAGCAAACCCGAAUUCUACCGCCCACCGAUGGAGGCCGUUGUGGCGGUUGUCAACAUUAAGUCUGUUGACGACAACGACGGCGAUUGUGACGCAAAAGGCAUUGCGGCAGAGACAGAAAAAUCGAUAGACGACCUGCUCGAAACACUCUCCAGUGAGAACCGCAGGAGCAGGCAACGAUCGAUCGCAAGGAAGUUGUCGCUUUCGGGAGAACUAGCCCUCUCUCGGGCUACCACCCCUGAGCCUGGAUUGGAGGUUUCGGUGUCUGCAUUCGAAAGAAGCGGAACCGUCAAACGGACAAGUCACGGUGAUAGCAGUAGCAGCAACGGCAACGGCACCCAUCAAAGAAAUGCCUCAGAAGAGAUGGCGGUAGAAGAUGCGAAGGACACCGAUCCGGCUUAUCUUCGGGCUUUCCGAGAGUUUGUUAACGCUUCCGCCGACAACGAUGCCUUCGUUUCUCGGGCGCCGCGAUUCGAUGCGAUCCAGGCGCACAGAAUAUGCACGCGACUCAGGGAGGAAUACCCACUACAAGUGAACACACUCCCUAAGGAGCGGCAGCCAUCGGAGGCAAAAGUACGAUCACGGUCAAACAGCAAAGCACGUCUGAGAGAAGCCGGCGAGGAAAUCAUGACCAGCUUGUGGGCAUUGAUGGCGUCGCGAUGGCUGAGCUUUGGCAAGAUGCUCAUCAGCCCAGCUCACGAGAUGAUGGUUGCAUCCAGCGCGAAGCAGUUAAGCAAGAGAGCGACGGUCAGGUUCGAUGGAAGAGCCGCGCAGAUGUUGGCCGAGGCAGGAAGCCGACCGUCGGUCUCAAUGGAGAAGGAGAAGCGGCGGAUACUUGAUCUCGGAGGGAUGCCAGUCGCGGAUUGGGGCUGGCACUGCGCUGUUGACUAUCCAAAAGUCAAGGUUUUCACUGUCACACAGCGUCCGCUGACAGCUACGACAACCGCGGCAUCCCCCGAGAUUCCUCCGGUCGCUGCCCCUCCCCACUUCCGCGGCCCGAAGAACCACCGGCAUCUCACCAUUGACCGUCUCUACCGCCUUCCCUUUCCCGAUAAUUACUUCGAUGUGGUCUCGACGCGCACGCUCUUCCUGAUUCUCAAGAGCUCAGCACCAUCCCGAUCACCUAGCCGGACGCUGGACGAGUACGACCGCUGCCUCGCGGAAUGCAUUCGAGUGCUCAAGCCCGGUGGAUACCUCGAGUUCAUGGUCCUCGACAGUGAUGUCAUCAAUGCGGGUCCAUUGGCGAGCGAUCUGUUCGCUCGCUUCUCUGCAGCACUGCAGAGCAGCGGACGCGAUCCGGAGCCCACCAAGCGGUGGAUCUCGAGACUCAACAGCGCUGGCUUCACUGAUAUCAAGCGCGCUUGGACAUUCAUGCCCCUGGCGCCGCCGGUUUCGAAGCCGAAAGUACCCACCAAGGACAACAGUGAUAUAGAGGCGGUGCCGCCGCGACCUGGAAGUGAUUCGCACGAUCCCGAGGUGAUCGCGGAGCAGGUGCGGAGGCGGAUGCAGACGUGGGAGGAUGUGGGCGUCAAGGGGAGUACCAAGGACGUGGCCGCCGUUACGGGACUGCUCGGUGGGUGGGUGUGGGAGAAGUGGUUGAGGGCCGCUGGAAUUGCCGACGAGGGCAUCCUGGGCAACGUGAUCGAAGAGGCAAAAGAACGGGGCAGCGGGCUGAGGAAACUGGUGGGUUAUGCCAGGAAGCCGUCGCUGUGA